AUGAUAUCAAACACGACCUUUGGAUUUGCCACUGAAGCAGAUGAGGUUGCUACUUAUUUCGAACAAGAGAUCAAAGGCAAGACUGUCUUGAUCACUGGAUGCACGCUUGGUGGUCUUGGUUUUGAGGCCGCAAGAGUUAUAGCAAAGCACCAUGCUGGUUUGAUCAUUGUUGCUGGUAGAAAGCAAGAGUCACUCGACGAUGCCAUUGAGAAGAUCAAGGCAGAGACCCCAUCCGCCAACUUACGAUCCCUUGUUAUUGAUCUCGCCUCACUCGAGUCCGUCAGACACGCUGCUGCCGAGGUUAACGCCUACACUGAAGCUAUCGAUGUGUUAAUUAACAACGCUGGAAUUAUGGCGUCUCCUUAUUAUACUACCAAGGAUGGACUAGAGGGACAGUUUGGUGUCAAUUACGUUGGACCUUUCCUCUUCACCAAUUUGAUCUUGCCCAAACUUCUUGCUUCUAAGACCGGCGCUCCACGUAUUGUCAACAUCUCCAGUAUCGGUCACAUUCUUGCUCCGAUUUUAUUCGACGACCCUUCCUUUGACAACGGCAAAGCUUAUAAUAAGUGGUGGGCAUAUGGCCAAUCAAAGACGGCUAACAUGCUGUUUACUCGUCAACUGAGCAAUCGAUAUAAAAACAAAGGCCUGACAGCUUUUAGUGUUCAUCCUGGUGGCAUUCAGACUAAUCUUGGUCGCGAUAUGACAGCUGAAGAUGCUCUCGAGCCUGUCACUGACUACUACGGCAAUGUGAUUGACAUCACCGAUUUUACUCCAAAAACUAUUCCUCAAGGUACCUCGACUCACAUUGUUGCUUCCUUUGAUCCAAGUAUUACCUCGCAGUCAGGGUCCUAUUUGGUUGACUGCCAAAUUGCCAUGGAUCAUGCCAAACCUUACGCAAUUGAUGAUACCCAAGCUGAUCAAUUAUGGAAACUGAGUGAGAAAAUCGUGGGACAAAAUUUUUAAUUGCUUGAAGGCGCAAGAAUUACACAGAGGUACUAGAUAGUUUUUCAUUAAUAAACAUUUCGCAUGUAUUGUGUUCAUA